AUGGCCAGCAAUACUGUUGGAAGCGGCGGACAGACAUAUGACAGUACUGAUCACCUGCAACAAGUACACGCUCAGAUAUUUAUUCGCCAUGGCUCCAGGACUCCCAUGAAUACGACACCUAAUGUAGAAUCGGCUACGUGGGACAAAAACGAGCUGUUUUCAGGUGCUGAGAAUACAUGUAUAGAUUAUGAAGUCAAGUCAAUUAAUGGCGGACCAGCGCCAUUUUGGACUGCAGAAGCUAGAUAUAGAACUAGAAUAUUAAAGGGCGGUUCGCUUCCAGGUCAAUUGACAGCUAAGGGAAUGCGACAAUUAUACGAACUGGGAUUACAACUAAGAAAGGAAUAUAUACAAGAAAGAGGAUUUCUAUCCCAUACUUAUUGCCCAUCUGAAGUAUAUAUCCGUUCGACGAAUAUUGCCAGGACCCAGGAAUCAGCGCGAUCUUGUAUUGCGGGGAUGUAUCAAGAGUCUAUUCCAAAACCUCCAGAUGAUCCUGUUGUCAUCUACACUGAUGAUGAGGCCACUGAAAUUCUGUAUCCUAGCAACAGACAUUGUAAGCGUCUAGGGUCGCACACCAAAUGGCUAGAGAAGCAUUUAGACGUUAUACCUGGUCUCAGCAAAGACAGAAAGACAAUACAACAAUUACUGAAACUUGACAACGAAGAAGAUGUUAAUUUUAUUAACAUCAGAGAUGACAUAUUUGCAAGAAUGUCUCACAGCCUCGCAGUUCCAGAAGUUCUGAAACCACAUGUAGAUUGCAUUGAAAUGCGUACUUUAGAAUUAACCAGAGCUACUGUGAUGGGUACAACAAAUGAAGACAACACUGAAAUAUUGAAGAUGUCUGUUGGACCACUGGUAGAACUUAUACUACAGAACAUGAAAGAGGCUGCCGACGGUAAAAGUGGAUGUAAGUUCCAUCUGUAUGCAUGCCAUGAUUCAUCCAUUAUUGCAAUUCUAUCUGCUUUUGAUAUAUUCGACAACCAAUGGCCACCGUUUGCUGCAGAUCUUAGAUUUGAAGUGUACAGGAAUACUAUUGGUCAACAUUUUGUGAAGAUAUCAUAUGUUGGAAAGGUAUUGACAAUGCCUUGUCUUAUCCCACUUGAUAGCUUAGUAUCUAAAAUGAUAACUAUAGCAACUGACAAGACAUGUCAUGGAGGACUGUGCCAAGAUCCACUGUACACAAGUGGUGAUGAAAGUCAAGUCAACAUUGCUGAUGGUGUUGGAGUUUGAAUUCCAAAAUGGUAUAUUAUCUAGACACAAUGCACGUGUAAAUUUUAAAUUGUUAUACACAUUACGAUUUUCUUGUCCUUUAUUGUAUUCGUAUAUUUCUUCAGAAGAUAACUUGCAGUAAAAACGAAUGAAAAACGGAAAAAUCACGAAUAUAUAAGUUUAUACCAAG